UGCUCGCGCCCCGGCCGAGGAGAUGUGAACGCUCGAGGUUUGGACGCGUUUUGCUCACACUGCCGCACGUCUUGUCGGAGUGCGCGAGACUCUCCCUGGAUGGAUCUGUAGGACUCGCGCAGUCAGGCACAGCGGUGACCACAUCGGACGAGCUCGAGCCAGCGCGUCAGCCAGCCAGUCCGCCAAACCAAACACCACCCGCCGCCACUCGGUCCCCUUCGUCAUGGGUCUCUGAGAGGAGGGGGGGUCCACCUCCUGCAAUCCUGAAGCGGAAGUAAGACCCACGCGCUUUCCGCGCUUUUCCAACUGGAGCUCUCGAGGCUGCGUCCCGGAGCGCACGAGCGCACCAUGUUUUCUUCAGCGGCGGGAAAACGCUGCUUCACCAUCGAGUCCCUGGUGGCCAAGGAGAGCCCCGCUUCCCCGGAGGAGCCCGUCCGCCCCACGGCCCUCAGCUACUCCCACCUCGGCGCCGCCCCGGAGGCCUUCAUGAACGGGUACCAGGCGCCGCAGGGCCGGUCCCUGUACCCGAACCCGGAGCUCGUUUUCCCGGAGUCGGUGAACCACCACCACGCGCUGAGUAUGGCGCCCCACGGCCACCACCCACUGGGGGGGGCGGCCCACCUGCAGCACCCCGCUGCCACGCACUUCUUCGGGUCCCAGCACCGGGACCCGCUCAACUUCUACCCCUGGGUGCUCCGGAAUCGGUUCUUCGGCCACCGGUUUCAAGGGAACGAGGUGUCCCAGGAUGGCCUGCUCCUGCACGGGCCCUUCGCCCGGAAACCCAAGCGUAUCCGCACGGCUUUCUCGCCCUCGCAGCUGCUGCGGCUGGAGCGGGCCUUCGAGAAGAACCACUACGUAGUCGGCGCCGAGCGGAAGCAGCUGGCCCACGGCCUCAGCCUGUCCGAGACCCAGGUGAAGGUGUGGUUCCAGAACCGGAGGACGAAGUACAAGCGGCAGAAGCUGGAGGAAGAGGGCCCGGAGAUGCAGCAGAGGAAGAAGGGGAAUCAUCACAUCAACCGCUGGCGCCUGGCCACCAAGCAGGCCAGCUCAGAGGACAUAGACGUCACCUCCGAGGACUGACGCGCCUCCUCACACACACACACACACACACACACACACACACACACACACACACACACACACACACACACUAACACGCCUCCGUCACAGCCAGCCACACACACAUACACCAAGAUCCUUCAUACACACACACACACACACGCCCUCCUUACAGUCACACACACGGACUCCCUCCUCAGCCACACACACACAAAGAUCCUUCAUACACACACGCACGUUCAUAAACACACGCACACAAUCUUUUCAUACACACACGCACGUUCAUAAACACAGACACACUCAAUAUUUUCACACACACACACACACACACACACACACACACACACACACAGACCCUUUCAUACACACACACAUUCAUGCACACACACACACACACACACACACACACACACACACCUGUGGCGCUUCAUAGGACCAAGUUUAUUUAUUGUUAUAAUAUAAAAUAUUACUAGAGACGAUAGAGAGGGGAGAGAGAAGGGGGAGACCAGAGGACGCGAGGAGAGAGGAAACGGACAAAGAACUUUGAUUUGUGGCGCUUUCACCCUUCCUACACGCUCCCCGGCUUCACAAAGCUGCCCUCUCAUUGGUUAAUGAUCUGCGGACGAGCUUUUGGACAGGACAGGAGGGGGCGGGGCUCCUCGUCCCCCUCUGAGUUACAGGCUGUUGACAGGCUGUUGAAGACAAUUACCCCGCGAUUGCGUUUGAAAGUGUUCCGUUUUCUUCUUCAUGUUGUUGAACGUUUUUUUUUGUGUAUUUAUGCCGUUGACGGAGAGACAUCACAUGACAAAUUGUUGUUGGCUUCUUCAGAGACUUUUCGGUUCCACCUGGUGACUCGGUGAAUUGUGUUGUGAUAAGUUGAACUAAAAGGGUAAUGAAUUACAAGGCCUGUCCCUGUAAAUGGGUCACUCCCUCAUGUACUUAUCUGUUAUUAUUUAGCAUUUACUUCUUGCACUGAAAUGUAAAACAACUGCUUCCCAAAGUCCAGUUUGUUUGCUCUCAACAUGAAGUUGAAGGCGAUUUAUGACACUGCUCCAGGGCCCCCUGCUGGUAAAACAGGGUUACGACACACAAUUACAAAAAUGAAUGGAAUGGCAGACAACUUUGGCAUUCAUCUUUUCCCGCAAAGCAAGAAAGCUCUUAAUCAUUGAAAGUAGCAUGUUUUCAAUAUAUGGUCAUGUAUGACCUUGACCAAUUAUGGACUUCCCCACUUCAUUAUGGUUUCGGUAAACUAACAGUGAGCAUCACAAGGCACCAAGCAUAAAUCUGAGAACAAAGACGUGUAAAAACGGACAGAUGUUUUAAACUGAAUUUUUUGCGAUUAAAAACGGACAUAGUAAAUAUGAUAUGAUGAUGAUAGUAUACGUUGUCUUUUUGGAAGCAUUGCGUCACUCUUGAUGACUGGAAGGUGUGUGUG